AUGAUUACUUUAUUUGCUAAACUGGUAGAUGAUAUGACAUUCCAGAAAAAAUUAAAGAAUCGCGGAAUUGAAUCUUUAUCCCCAAUACAAGCUGCGGACUUUAAACCGAUAUGUAACAGAAAAGAUGUUUUGGCCGAAAUUAAUAAAAUUACCGAUAACUGA